AUGAAUAAAAUUUUAGUCAGAGGAAUUGAUAGUAAAUUAUCAGAAUUUUCGUGUGAAAAUUAUGAGAAUUUUGUUGAAGAGUACUCAGAAUGGACUAAAAUUCCUAGGGAGCAUUUAAGGAUUUCUCAAUGCUCAAGAGGAGUUUCUGAAAUAAAUCCAGAUUUUAUUGUAUGUGUCAGCUUGAAAGUAUGCGGAGGAAAAGGUGGGUUUGGAUCUUUGCUUACUCUCCACCCCAUUUAAUAACGAACGCUUUUUUGUUCGUUAUUAAAUGGGGUCUAACUUAUAAAAUUUUUGGAAAAAAAAAUAUAUAUAAAAUUUAUAUUAAAUAUCUAUGAUUUUUUUAUAUAAAAAUUUCAAUUAAAGAGUUAAUAAUAAAAGGGAUUCAAAUGAUGGCAACAGAAAGAGAAAGCGCCUAAAUGAAAGCGAAAAGAUAACUAUUGCUAACUCCCCACCCCUCCGUGAGCGAACAAAACCAUUAGAAAAUCCCUCACCCUCCGCUAGAAUAAAAUUUUUUUUUAAUAGAAAAAUUUUUUAUGGAAAAAAUUUUGAUAUAUAAAUGAUAUACAAAUUGCCCGAGGAUGGUGCUAUUUUGCGUCAUCCUCGGGCAAUUUGUAUAAUUAUGAUAAUGAAAUCUGGAGCUAAUUCUGUUUUAAUUUUAAAUGAAUUGCGUUUUAAAACAUAAAUUCUACAAAUUCAAUUAAUAUUUGCUUUCCAAUUUUUGCGAAUUAGGAUUUUUUUUUAAAAAAAAAUUUUCUAUAAAAUUUAUAAAAAAAUUUUUUACAAAAAAAAAUUAACCCCCUUCGUAAGCGAAUAAGAUUUUUUUGUUCGCUCACGGAGCGGAGGAGUAAAGCACCAGCUUAAGAUUAAGCCAUUAUUAACUUAUUAGCUCUUAUUUAUUAUUCUUUGCUCGAUUAUAUUUGUCCUUAUCUUAUUCUAACUACUUAAAAUUAGUAAACUAUAAAGACUAAGUUGCUUAUAUAAAUUUUAUAGUAAAUUUUGUUCGUUAUUAAAUGGGGCCUAAGGAAAAAUUUUUAGGAAAAAAAAAAUGCCGGUUUUGUUCGUUAUUAAAUGGGGGGGAGUUAGAGGACAAGGAAUGUUUGCGAGGGUGGAUAAUUUUGAAGCGUGCAGAGAUUUAAACGGGAGAAGGAUAAGACAUAUAAAUGAUGAAAUUAGACUUGCGCAAUGGAAACAAAAGCAAGCUGAAAAAGAAGAAGAGGAAAGAAAAAAAGCUGAAGAAAAAGAAGAAAAGGUGGUUGUGCCUGCAAAAAGAAAAACUAAAGCAGAUCCAAAUUAUAAGAGUGCAGUAGAUGACUGUGUAAAAGGAGUUAAAUCAGCAUUGGCUGCAGGACUUAAGAAAAAGAAUGAUGAGCCCAUAAAAAAAGCCAAAAUUGAAGAGGAGGAUAAUGAGAAAGAUAAUAAGAUUAAUGAUAAAAGUAAUUAA